AUGUCUCUGGUUCCCAAUCCAAACCUUGAUGAAGAUCAUUAUUAUCUUCCGCAUCAAUAUGUAUUAAGGCCUGAUAGCGUAUCAACAAAGUUGCGUGUAGUCUUCGACGCAUCUUGCCGCACAUCAUCACAAAUUUCUUUAAAUGGAAUACUAAUGGUGGGUCCUACUAUACAGGAUGAGCUUUUGAUUAUUUUGCUACGUUUUAGACUUUAUCGAUACGCGCUAACUGCAGACAUCGUUAAGAUGUAUAGGCAAUUCCUUGUGCAUCCAUCGGAUAGGAAAUUCCAAUUCAUCUUAUGGAGAGAAAACGAACAUACCCCAAUACAAACUUACCAGCUCAAUACCAUAACUUACGGCACAUCAUCUGCACCCUUUUUAGCAAUUCGCUGUCUUCAGUAUUUGGCUGAAAUUAACGUCGAACGUUUUAGUCAAGGUGCUGCUGUUCUUAAGUCGGACUUUUACGUUGAUGACAUGCUAACUGGGGCAGACGACUUGGAUACUCUUUUUCAAAAACGGAAUGAAGUCGUUUCAAUUUUGAGUACAGCUGGCUUAGAACUUUCGAAGUGGAACAGCAAUCAUGUCGCUUUAAUUGAAAAAGCUACACCAAAGGACAUCAAAUUGACUGAAUCCAAUCUCACCAGUACGUUAGGUAUUUCUUGCAACCCUCGUGCUGAUGAAUUCAUUUUUUCAUACAAACCUAAUCGGGUCUAUACAAAAUACACAAAAAGAUCUAUUCUCUCGCUUUCGUCGUCUCUUUUUGAUCCAAUGGGCUUGCUUAGUCCAAUAAUUAUCCGGGCUAAGAUACUGCUACAACAGCUUUGGAUAGAAAAAUUCGAUUGGGACGAAAAUAUUUCUCCAAAUCUCUAG